UUCAAGAGUCCAUUGUUGGGAUGGCUGAGGUCCUUCACAAUCUUCCUGGCUCUGGUCCUGCACCGCGUGCUGUAGAUGUCUUGCAGGUCAGGGAGCUCGAUGCGGAUGGUACAUUCAGCUGAACUCGGAGCUGUUUCCAAACCAGGAAGUGAUGCUACCAGUCAGGACGCUCUCAAUGGUGCAGGUGUAGAAAGUCUUUAGCACCUGAGAGAGUAGUUCAAAGUCCCUUAAGCGUCUCAGAUGGUACAGACGCUGCCGGGCUUCUUUACCAAUGGUGAUGAUGUGACAGGUCCAAGACAGGUCCUGUGUGAUGUGAACAACUAGGUACCAGAAACUGUCCACUCUCUCCACUGGGGUCCUGUUGAUGUUUAGCAGUUGGUAUGACCUGCUUCGUGCUGAAGUCCACGAUCAGCUCCUUAGUCUUAGAUUGUUCUUCUGGCACCAUCUCUCCAGGUUUUUAUUCUCCUGUAUGUAGGCUGUCUCGUCAUUGUUGGAGAUGAGGCUCACCACAACAGUGUCGUCAGCAAACGAUGAUGGUGGAGUUGGAAGUGGCCAUCAGUCAUAUGUGUAAGAUCCAUUGACAUAGCGGCAGGCUGAGUCCCAGGACCCUUAACUUAGAGGUGGAAAUUAGGGAACUAUGGUGUUGAACGCUGAACUGUAGUCCACAAAUAGCAUUUUUGCAACUACGGUUUGUGGUUGGGAAACGUUCUGAUGGUGACUUCUGUACCAUAUCAUCCGCUAAUUUCCAGAUCAAUCCCACAACCGCUUCCGUAAACAAGUUGACAUUGUAAGAGCUGCGUCUGAACAUGUCCCAGUCUGCGUCAUCCAGAGUGUCCUGUAGAGCGGCCAUCGAUUGGUUAGUCCAGCGCGCAACCUCCCUCUGAACCGGAGCUUCCUGUUUCAGCCUUUGUUUGUGAACAGGCAUGAGGAAGAUGGUGGCAUGGUCCGAUUUCCCAAACGGUGGAUGUGAUUGUGCCUUGUAGCUGUUCUUGAACGGUGUGUAGCAGUGGUCCAGUGUCCUAUAGCCCCCUGGUGGGGCAGGUGAUGUGGGGCAGCUGAUGAAAGUUCGGUAGUGCGCGCUUGAGGUUGGCACUGUUAAAAUCUCCCACCACAAUGAGCGCAGCGUCCCGAUGCUGUGUUUUGUAAAGUGUUAUUGUCUCAUGUAAAUCCCAUACUGCAGUGUCCAUGUCUGCUUGAGAUGGAAUAUAAACGGCACUGACUAUGACCGAGCUGAAUUCCCAAGGUAGAUAAAAGGGCCGACAUUUGAUGGUCACUAGUUCCUAGUGUUGCACCAGUGGUUGUUCACCAUCAGACACACUUCACCUCCUCUUGACUUCCCCGACUCCAAUGUUCUGUCCAGGCGGUGCACCAAGAAAAUCUUGGCCGGCUGGACUGCGUGGUCCGGUACUGCUGGGUUCAGCCAUGUCUCGUUGAAGCAGAGAAGGUUGCGGUCCCGAAUGUCCCUCUGGAUCUUGACCCUUGCCCUGAGGUCAUUGAGCUUGUUUUCCAGAGACUGGAUGUUGGCUAACAGGAUACUAGUUAAGGGAGCGCGGUGUGUGCGUGCUCUCAACCUGUUCCUGACUCUGACUCGUUUCCCUCAUGGACGCCGGUACGGGUCGCAUCCUUUGUUCUUCCUCAGAAUCUCACACGACCAGCAUGGGUCCGGAUUUGAAAACCGCGAAAAACGGCAGGGAGACGGGCGCUGGUGGCUGCAGCAGGUCGGCUUGUGAUGGACGUGAUGCAGAUGGAUUGGGAGCCUCUUUCUCACUGUGAGUUAGAGCAGCGUCUGGACCAGGCCGUGGAGGAAAUGCUGGAGGCAGAGAUGCUGUCUAGUGUGCAGGGACGUGGACAUGGACAGAGCGUGUUCAUGCAGCUCUCUGAGCAGGAUGAGACGAUCCCACACACAGCAACACACACCGUGACCUCUCACAAUCUAUCAGCCUCGUUCCUCCAGCAGGCAGAGGCAGAACCUGCUUCAGAGAACCACCAGCAUGUCAUUGAGAUAGAGGAGAAUCCCACAGUCAAGUAUAUUACGUCCCUUCUACAGAAGCUGAAAUGGAGUCAGAGUGUGAGGCGUUUGACGGGGAGAGCUCACCUUUCUUUGUCCCACACCGUGUUCCUGUCCCUCAAACUGCUCUCCACUCGCCUCAGCUAUCGCUCCGUCUCCUCCAUCUUCCACCUGGAGAAAGGGAAUGUCCACCGCAUAUUCUUUUCCUUUUGCCACAGAGUCAACACACUGCAGGAUCAGAUCAUCUGCUGGCCCUCCGGUCAGGAGAUAUCAGACCUCCUGCUUCCCUUCUCCAGCUGGCUGGGUCAGGAUGAGAAUCUCGAGCAGAAGCGUCUCCCCAAAGUGCUAGGUGUGUUGGGCUACACCCGCAUCCCGAUGCGCCUUCCUGCCUGGAAACAGGACUCACAGAGCAACUCUCCACACACCAAGCAGCCCAGGAACAAUCCUCACCCGGACUCGUGUUUAAACCUGGAGCUGGUGUGCGACGCUGAGGGCCGUUUCAUCCACUGCAACAUCAGCCGAGGCUCUCAGAGGAACCGGGGUGACAUUCUGAGUCAGAGAUUAGCACAGAACCCGGAGCUCCUUCCUCCCGGGACCUGCCUGGUAGCCGGAGUGGGGUAUCCCCUCACACGCCAUAUCCUCACCCCGUUCCAUCCUGCGCAGAACCCACAGGAGAACCUUUACAACGAAGUGCUGGAGACGCACCUGAGGAGGCUGGAGCAGGCUGUGAGGAAGCUGAAGGAGCGCUUCGGGAGAUUGCGCUGUCUGGACGUGGGGAAGAGCGAGAGGGGUGAAGCCAUGGUGCUGACCAGCUGCAUACUGCACAAUGCACUGCUCCAUUCAAAUGACCCCAUCCAGGGAUACCACACUGGGGUAAACGAAGAGGAGGAGGAGGAGGAGGGACCAAAGAUGAAGCAGGAGUCAAACUGAGAGAAACAGUCGCUAAUCUGCUGUACAGCACUCUGGAGUCAAAGGUGGGGAUGGAGGCGGAGUCAGGGGUGGGGAUGGAGGCGGAGUCAGGGGUGGAGAUGGAGGCGGAGUCAGGGGUGGAGUAACGUUAGUUCCUGCGAAGGAUCAUUGAGUGUUUAAAGGCUCUGGCAUGGAGAAGCUGCUGUUGGAUCUGUGAUGAUCUCAGAUGUUGAGCUAUUUUAUGAGUUGCUCAGUAGCUCCUAGUGUUAUAAUCUCCUCCU